CGUCUCUUCACUGCGCCACCACACCUCCUCGCGGAGCCCAGCAUCUAUCGUUAUGCAGCCGACACAGGCCUUGUGGAAGCGCUCCUCGCUCCGACGACUUGCCCUUACCACCAAGCAGGGCCCGCAUAACUACUACAAAGGGAAUCGGACGGGCUCUAUGGGACAACAUACCAAGUAUGGCGGUUACAUUGUGGAUUACAAGAAGGUCAGGACCUACGUCUGCCCCGAUUUGACUGGGUUCAACUUGACUCCCUUCAUCGUACGAAGCGUCGAAAAGGCUCGUGACAAGUUUUCGAAAAGCGAGAGCACUGGACCCAUGGACGGCAAAAGCUAUCUGAACAGGUGGAAAGAAGCAGGUGGAAAGAUCUGAAUACCAAAGUCGCUUAUUGCAACGCAUUACGGCGCCCCUCUCUCCGCGCCCCGUCCAUCUCGUGGUACACGCAGGAUGUCUUCACAAAUAUCAAGUACCUCACGAUGAUCUUCCAGUGACAGUACGUGCUUCAACACUUGACGGCGUAUUACAAACCUCCGAGCGAGGACAUUGCGCGGAUCUUGGACAAGGCAGAAGAUCGAAAGGAGGAACGCAAGCCUUUCAAGACGAGACGGGACAGGCUGGGAUGGAGCAUGGGAUGGCCUAUACAACGCCAGAGACGAACGAAGAUCGAUUCGACUCAGAGCGGUUUGGGCGAGAGCUUCUUGAAACAAGUUCGUCGGUUGACAUGUCAGACUGACGCGGGAUCUGCAACUAGCAAGUCUUCUAUGUGUACGAGUAA